UAGCACCAGAGCGCGAAAGAGCAAGCGGGUUCGAUGAAAGCAGGCGUCCGUCGCAGAUUGAUCGAUGAGGGACGCGCUGGCUCGCGCAUUGCGAGCGAGUGAGAGACAGAGAGCGGGAGCAGUCAAUAUUCGUCAUCUGCAUAGCGUGGUUAUUGCAUAAGCGAGGGUACAUUAGUCUACCGUUCCCUUCCAUCCGCGUUCGUAGACGCUCCGGAGCGGCUCGGGAAGCCGACAUCUACCCGCAGAGGAAGGAAGCGAUCAUACCGUUAACGCCUCGCCUACGAGCUUGUUCGAGGGGUUCUGUCACCGAUCGCCAGAAACCAUGGUGGGGAACUUGCAGACGCGCCCCGCCGGUGCCGCUGGUGCAGCGCGAUUCGCCCGCCUCCCUCAACGAUGGAUCGGGUCGUACAGAAGCGAAAGGCUUGAGCCACGCUGCCGGGAUCCUGCAUCACCUGCGUCGUUCGGGCAGUCUGGGGAGGAUUGCUUUGUUUGCGACAGAUCACUUUUCGAGCGCGGAUUUAGCAAGGGAUUGUGGUGUUUUCGUCGGUGGCUUGUCUGCUUGAUAGGCUGUUAUUGGUCUGCUGCAUGCAUUCGCUGGCUGUCUGGUCGACACGUUCCAGUUGGCGUGCAUACGAGCGAUCCGAGAUCUCAUUUCAAGUCGAGCUUGGUGGUGGAUGUGGGUGCCAGCGUACCUUGCUUUAUAAUUUGCAUUGAGCGCGAUCAGGCUUCGGUUUUCUGUUGUUCUGCAGCUUUGCUCCGCGAGAGUCUGACAAUGCGCAGGCCCCGCCGUUUCGUAGAACGUGAGGCUCACCUUGAUCGACUCGAUUGCAGGCGGCUUAUCGUUAGUUCGUGCCAGGAAUACCACUCAUUCCGCUGACAAGCUUGCACUACGACAAUCCGACUGGCGGAUGAGUCGGUGGGCAUCUGAUACAUGGCUUAGGCGUUUGUCUCUGCCGUCAGUGCGGAGGAUCUCAUUACCUCUGAUCUAGCUGCGCCAGUCAGGCGAAGGCAGGAGCUAGGUAGACUUUAUGAACGAUCUUGCCGGGCUCUCUGCAUGAUCUAUUCGCAGCCGUGCCUUGACAACUCGUGCCGGAGA